AUGGGCAACGCGCAGGGGCAGCUGAGCCCUCAGGAGCAGAAGGACCUGGUCCAGGCAGCCAACUUCAGUGAGCGUGACAUCAAGAAGUUGUACAAACGGUUCCGAGCUCUGGACACAAAUCACAAUGGAGAACUGGAUCCGCACGAGCUGUUCGACGUACCAGAGAUUGCAGAUAAUCCGUUGGUUAAACGGGUGCUGUCGAUAUUUGAUACUAAUGGAGACGGCCGCGUGUCGUUCAUAGAGUUUCUGGUGGGUCUGUCUAAGUUAGCAGCGGGUACGGACGAAAUGCAGAAGACAAAGUUUGCUUUCGAUGUUUACGACAUCAACAAAGACGGCCACAUCAGCAACGGGGAGCUCUUCGCAGUGAUGAAGAUGAUGGUUGGAAACAACUUGAAUGAUCAGCAGUUGCAACAGCUAGUGGACCGGACCAUAGUACAGGCAGACAAGGAUGGGGACGGAAUGAUUUCGUUUGAAGAAUUUAGGGAGAUGGUUUCGCAUAUUGAUAUCGCAGAUAAGUUGCGAGUUGACGUGUGA